GCGCUUGUCAGUUUCAAAUCGAAAACAUCCGUUAGCUUGUAAUUUCAAUUUUCGUUGUUCAAGUCCGACGAUUCAGGAAUAUUUUUAAACCUACUGGCUGCUAGUUGCUGUUUUGUGUGAUAUUUCUCAAUUCUCAAAUAAUGAAUACUGUGCGAUAAUCCUUCUUCCCAACUCGUGUAACGACUCAACCGAGUGAUAAAACUUAGUAACUAAAGUUAUUGUGCAAAAUUGAGAAGCAUGGCGUCCGACGAAAGUUUCAGAACACCUUUGUCUUCUACUGUAGAUCUAAUGACGUUAUCUCCAAGAAGAACUGUACUCGAUGACCCACACUUGCCGAGCGACUACCUGACUGACGGCGAAUUCGACAGCAUUUGUGACGUGACGAUGCGAGAAGUCCACGACGAUAAUCUAUUUAACGCUACCAGCUUGGACUAUCUCGACAAAUGCACUGAAUCGAAAAAAAACCAGACUUUAAUUGACAGAGGAAAGGACAGCUUGUUUGUGAAAUUUGACCCCCUGUACGCGAAAACACUGCUAGCCCACUGCGCUCCGCCAGAAUCUGUGGCAGACUUGUCAGAGAACGACAUAGGCUAUGAAACCGCUAGCAACAACUCUAUAGUGAACGACGGUGCGGCACAUUCUAGAUAUACUUCAUCUGCGGGUUCACUCACCUCCAAAUGUGCAAAUGAUAAGCCAACACAGAUGGUGAGUCCCGUUGUAAUUGCUGACACUCCGAAAGUUAUACUUGGGCCUCCUGCGCCAACCCCGGCUCUGGUGCGCAGCGUAUCCGCUAUCCUCACGCCAACGCAAGUCGGCCCAGAGAGGUUGAUCAACAUAUUUGGAAACACACCGCCGACAGCGGCACCUCGGAGCCCGCGAUUCAAAUAUGACAAUACAUUUGCAUCUCAAGACUUCAAUCAUGUCCAAUCUUUAAGAGUCGUCCUCCAGAAGCAGGACCAGGAGCUCUCGUUUCUCAGAAGAGAGAACAAGGAACUUAAGUACACAUUACAAAAAACAAAAGAAGAAAUGGGAAUUCAAAUUAAUAAGCUGGAAGGUCAGGUUGAAUCAUUGACACAGAAGGAAUGCAAACUGGUACAACAGGUUAGUGACAAAACAUUGAGUAACAAACAAAUGGCUAUAGUUAUGGAGGAAUAUGAGAAAACUAUAUCCCAGCUCAUUGACGACCAGGAAAAACUGUCAGCUGAAAAGGACGAGGCCCUUCGCCACCUCACAAGUAUGGAGAGCUCAUUCAACGAUCUGCUCACAAAAUAUGAAAAGUGUAAGGUUGUUAUAAACACAUUUAAAGAUGAUCAAAAAUUGUUACUGCAGAAAAUAACUGAAUACGAAGCUGGAAUGAAAAAAUACGAGAAUUCAUACAAUGCAUUGAAGCAAGCUACCACUGACAGUCUGAACAAAGCCAAUGAGACACUAGAGCAAAUGAACAAAACACACAACUUAGAGAUCACAAAAUUAAACGCUAACAUUAAGAAACAUGAAAUCACCGUGUCCUCUCUCCAGGAGACUUUGACACAAAAAAAUAGAAACAUAGAAGAGUUGACAAGAAUUUGUGACCAACUGAUUAAUAGCAACUGAAGUGGACUUACCCUCUGAAACAUGAAUAAAGUUUUUUUUUAAUUUAAUACCUAGUAGAAUAAAUAUGUAACACUUUUGCUACAUGUAGGUAUUUUUGAAGUCUUGGAUUUUAAUUUCUUAGUCAAAGAAAGUAUGAUUUCUAUCUAAAUUUUUGUAAUUUCUGUUUGGUUGAAUUUCUAUUUAGUUUCCAUUGAUAUUUAAAUACACUUCAAUCUACAUUCAGGAUAAGACAUCUAAAUUCUUGAAAAAAAAUACCAUUGAUUUGUCUGGACAUAAAUCAAGUGGCAAGUUGGUUAAUAUUACAUGUAUUUAGUGGCAUGCACUUCAUACAUGCAUUAAAGUAUUGCAUACUUUAAGUGUGCUUAAUUUUAUUAUUAGUGCAUACCCUGAUCGACAACCUUAUGCACGGCACGGGACUUAUGAUAUUUAAUUACUAUUACGUCAACCUUUAAAGACAUUUCACUUUUCAUCUAUUAUACUUGAAUUUAUUUUAUAGUUAGAAUAUAGAUUUUAUGAUUAUUUUAAUUCUAAAACUAAAUUGUUCUUUUUAUGUAAGAGGUCAUUUUUAAUUGUUUUUUCCAAAAAUGUGGUGCUUUUUAUGACAUUUUUCAUUAUAUUAUGUAUGCAUGUAUUUACUGACCUGUAUGUUUGUAUAUAUAGAUGUUACUUUGUUUAGCGUUUUGAUUUUUCUGAGCUGAUUUUGUGUUUCUUAUAUCCAAUAUGGCAGCUACAACAGAGCAGAGGAUUAAAGGGAGAGAGAAAGCACAGAAAAUUGUUGUUAUUAAAAAGAAUUGUGGGUCUAUGGUAUUAUUAUUUUUAAUUUUUAGUUUUAGCUCCUUUUAUAUUAUGUUAUUCAAAAUCAUAUACCAUCUAUACUUCUAUAGUCAGGUGGCAAGAAUCUCAUGCUUUGUUAAGUUAAUUUAAUUUGAUUUCUUUGAUGACUUUUAAUUAGUAACAAUAAAUUUUCUAUAAAAGUU